AUGAAAUGCUUCAUUUGUCAUUUAAAUGUACCAUCAUUGCCAUCGCUCGUUUACCAUUAUAAGAUUAUACAUGUGUUAGGGCCAUUUAAUUCAUAUACUUGCAUAGAGGAUAAUUGUUCAAAAUCUUUUCAAAGUCUUAGUAGUUUAAAAAAACACAUCCUUAACAAACACGUGAACACUGUGGAAGAUAACUUACCUGAAACUGCACAUUCGCAUAGUGGUAUUUUAACAGAUACUAAUAGUUACGACAGUAAUGAUUCUAUUAGUAAUGAUGCUAGUAAUAUUUUAUUUGAUAAACCUAAACGAUCCAAACCGAACGAGGAUAUAUUUUACACAAACAAUUGUAUUGAAGAACUACAUUUGGGGGCAGUAAAAUUUUGUUUGAUGUUACAUAACAAUAAUAACUUUUGUAAAAGUGAUGUUCAAAACAUUCAAAGCGAUAUUGAAAAUAACAUUCUAAAUCCUAUUACAAAUUUAUUAAAGGGUGUUAUUCAAGAGGAAAUACAAGAUCCAUUACUUCUAUCUAAAUUUACUAAAGUUAUAUUAGGUAUAUCAGAUCUUUUUAAGUUUUGUAAAACUGAAUAUUUGUUAAAUAACUGGCUUAAAAACAAUGAACUCAUAAGUAACGAAUAUAAGCAGUUCACUAUUAAUAAUGAAGUAAACUUAAUUUCUAAUAAUGGCCAAACUGUAUAUGAUGAAAUACUUACUAAGGGAAUUAUAAUGCCUUUUAAGUUUCAAAUAAAAACAUAUUUUGAGCAAAAUAAUAACUUAAAUACUGCAAUUAAUAAAUACAACAAACUUAUAAGUUGUCCUGAAUCAAACACCUGCUCCAUAACUAACUUUAUUCAAGGUUCGUUAUGGAAAGAAAAAAUAAUUCCAUAUAAAAAUAAAAUUGUUAUGCCUUUUUUUAUGUACAUUGAUGAUGUAGAACUUAACAAUCCAUUAGGCUCCAAAUCUAUGUGUCAUUCAUUAUCAGCGGUGUAUUAUAGUUUUCCUCUCAGUGAGCAUAGUUCAAAGCUAAAUAACAUUUUCUUAACAGCCCUUAUAAAAUCUAGAGAUGUAAAAACCUUUGGGAAUGACUUAUGUUUCAAACAGAUAGUUUAUGAAAUAAACAGCUUGGGUAAUGAUGGUAUAACCAUAAAUACUCCUACCGGUCCAAAACAUGUAUAUUUUAUUCUAGGUUUAUUAUUAGGGGAUAACCUAGGAAUUAACUGUUUAUGUGAAUUUUCAAAAUCAUUUUCUGCUAAUUUCUAUUGUCGAUUUUGCAAAGCUCCAAAAUCUAUAAUGCAUAAUUUAUCAAAAGAAAAUGGUUCUUUACUCCGUAAUGUUAUAAAUUAUACAGAAGAUCUAGAAAAAAAAUGA